AUGUUGAAACUCAUCGCAUACAAAGGAGUCAACGUCGCGGCAACGUGUGACAAUGGAUUUACCGCCCUGCACAUUUGUGCCCUUUUCGGAAGAACGGAUCUCAUCGACGUGCUGGUGCGGAUCGGAGACUCUUCCCUGGAAAAGGAGGAUGAUCAAGGCAGGACGGCUUUCCUCGUGGCUGUAUGCUUUGGUCAAGUUCGGGCGGCCGGUGCCUUCGAAAGGCUCGGAUCCGACGUGAACUACCGCUACCGGGACGGGGCCACCCCUCUGCACUGCGCGGUUCGGCUGUAA